AUGAAAUAAGCAAAGCAAGCACUUCUCUUCCCUCCUUUUAUUGGGUGACGACCCUCCAUCUCCUCGUCGAUCCUUGGAGCGAGCCAUGGGGGUGUGGGAAGCUUUCCUCAAUUGGCUCCGAAGCCUUUUCUUCAAGCAAGAGAUGGAGCUGUCUUUGAUCGGACUUCAGAACGCUGGGAAAACUUCCCUUGUGAACGUCGUUGCCACUGGUGGAUAUAGCGAGGACAUGAUUCCUACAGUAGGAUUCAACAUGAGGAAGGUGACCAAGGGAAAUGUUACUAUAAAAUUAUGGGAUCUUGGUGGCCAGCCUAGGUUUCGCAGUAUGUGGGAGAGAUAUUGCCGUGGAGUCUCUGCCAUUGUUUUUGUGGUUGAUGCAGCAGACCAUGAUAACUUGCCCAUCUCAAAAAGUGAACUUCAUGAUGUUUUAAGCAAGCCAUCAUUGAGUGGCAUCCCAUUGCUGGUUCUUGGAAAUAAAAUCGAUAAGCCAGAAGCUCUGACAAAGCAGGAUUUGACAGACCGGAUGGGCCUGAAAUCUAUUGCAGACAGAGAAGUCUGUUGUUUCAUGAUCUCAUGCAAGAACUCGAACAACAUAGACUCUGUCAUAGAUUGGUUUGUGAAGCAUUCAAAAUCAAAAAAUUGAGGGUUUCGCCCUCCAUGGCUGUGGGUGCCACAUUGUUUUCUAGGGUUAACUAGGUUGUUUUGGUGGUGAUUUCUGCUCUUGGCUGGCUAGGCUUCUGGCUUCUACUGUUGCCCGUCACUCUCAUGCUGAUUCAUGUGCAACUGCAUUUCUGUACUCUUUCCUGGCAUUUUUCAUGUCAAAUUAUUUAUAUGAGUGAGAAAAUUUUUGGCCCUGUUCAGAC